AUGAUAUGUGUCAUGGACAUUUUGGGUCACCUCCAAUUUAAAGAUUUUCAGUGGUCCUUGCUAAGGAAAUGCACAGGCUUGAGGAGUUUAUUACUGCGGUCCGGCGCUGCAUCCAGUUCUCAGACCCCCCUCGCGAGGAGAUGGAGCUCGAUAGGCACGAGGAGCUCUCUGGCUAGUGUUCCACCGUGGAGAGAUCGUGGCCGUCGGAGACGAGAAUGGGAUGGCUCCUGUGUCCACGUGGCUGGGGAUCGGACGGCUGAAGAAUGUCCAGGGCCCACAGCGGCGAUCGUGGAUGACGUGAUUGGGAGCUUCGCUGCGUGUCCGUAUAAAGAGCGCAGAGAGAGGGAGAGAGAGAUAGAAAGAGAAAGAGUUAGAGAAGAGGCUGAGAGAGAGAGAGAGAGAGAGAGAGAGAGAGAGAGACUGAGGAGCGGUUUCGGAGGUGAAGCUUCGAUUUUUCCGUCCUUUUUGGGGCGGUUUUUGAGAGAAAAAUCCCAUCUUGGUCCUUGGGAUUUUGUGAGGAGGACGUUCUUGUAUUCUCGGCAACGGCACCGACGCCGUUUCCGGCUUCGAGGGGAUCUAAGAGUUCCGGCGAUCGAUGUUGGUGGAGAGGAUAUCAUGGACGGAGAGAAAGGUCGAGAUUUGCGGCGAAGCUCAGGGAAGCGACAUCUGAGGGCGUUAUCGGGACACAUUGCUCCCUCUCUUUCAGUUUUGGGCAAUACCGUUAAUGGAGAUGGAGUUGAGGAGGAAGAUGGGUUGGAGAGAUUUAAGGAUGUGAGAGGAAUGUGGUUAAGCUCAAACAAGGGAGAUGGGGAGAUCAGUGGCAGCGGCACCACCGGUAGUGGGUCUGAAGGAGAUGCAGGCAGCCUGACUCGGCCACCAUUUACUAUUGCGACCACCAGUACGCAUCAUAGUAGGAAGAAACCCAAGUUACAAGCCAAGGCAUUGGAUGACUGCAAUGCCAUAGAUCCUGCUAUGGUGCCUAGAAGAUUACGGUCGGCUAUUAAUAAACGCAACAGCCAAUCAGCAUCCCCACCAAUGUCAGAUGCAAGGAAGAGGCACCAACAUGUCUCUAGUGGGUCACUAGUGUCCAACAUCAAUGGAUCCAAGAAACUCAAGCAAAUUAUGCCAAGUGAUCCAUUCACAAAAGAAGAGGAAGAAGUUGCAGAAACCUUGUCCAGCUUAGCUAGUAUGGCCAUUCUUCCUGUCCCACUUGUGCACACAGAAAAUGGAAGGUCUUCUGAAGAGAAUUCUGAGGCUAAGGCAAUGAGUGCUGCUCUGGCAGUCUCCAAGGGGGAAGAUGCAAAAUCUUUACUUCCUUGUAACAUCAAUGAAGUGACGAAUCUAUCACUUAAAGAAGCUGAUAAGGCUGGACCAUCUAUGUUGGCGGGUGUCACUGUCAGUGGAAGCCAAAAGUUCAAACCUGAUAUGAAUGGAACUGCUCAAAGUGCCACCAAAGGAACUUCUCUUCUAUCUGGGAAUGAGCAAGUGGACCAUUUGACUUUGAGAGAUACAAUAAACCCUUCAAAAUGCACAGAAGCUUCAGUCCAUUUGCUUUCUGGAAAUGGAUCAUCACAACCAACACAGUUUGAUGGUCCUCCAGCUCAUAAUCUGGAAAAUGGGCUUUGGCCGUUUGGAUCUGUUACCGGGGAGAUCAAACUGCAAUCAUUCAAGCAAAUCACUGAUGGCAGCUUGCAGGAUGUUCACCGACAAGUUAUUACCCCCAACAUCCAGCCUGGCUUGCUUGCUGCUGGUCAAGGGCAUUCUGCAAAGUCUUCUUCAAGUAAAGCAGCAAUGUGGCCGGAUAUUGCCUGCACCAGUUCUUCUGGCCCUAGUACAUGCAAGAAAACUCCCGCCGAGAAGCUUCCUCCAUUGUUAGUCGACAGGAAGCAGCCAUGGAAAAAGUGUGCUAUUCACUUACACAUCAGCCAUCUCAUCCAGAACCAUCAGAACAUAGAAAAAAGAUGCAUGUUCUCACUUCCACCAGGCAAAUUGGAUGUCAAAGAAGGUGUAAGUUCAAGUGCACAACCUGCCAAUGGGUCGUCAGUUGGGCCAAGGAAUGGCAUAACCACCAUGGCAAUGUCAGGAACUGAUAGUUCUGUCAUGGAGAGGAAUCUGCAUGAACCAAGGACACACAUGCUUGUAGAUAAAAGGUUCUCACAAGUACAACAGGCACCUGUCUCUGCUUCCGUUGGAGCAUAUCCUCAACCAAAGCCGGGUUGUGAUUUUUCAUCCACAUCAGCCACUGUCGAUAGUAACAACCCUGGGAACAGUGUGAAGUUGCAUGGUCAGUUUCCUGUACCUUUUCAGGUACAGCAUCACACAAUGUUCCCGUUCCCUUUUCCACAUGGGCCUUAUACAGCUGCCUUUCCAGAUCAGUUGGCAGCUGUGGCAAAUCAGCAGAUGCAGCUCCAGCUGCCACAUUAUAUGAGUAGCCCACUUUAUGGUUCCCAUAUGGUCCAUCCUGGAAUGAAGCACCAGCACCAGCACCAGCACCAGCAUCAACAUCAACACCAGCACCAACAUCAUCAACAGCAACAACAGCAGCAGCAGAUGUGGCAAGCACAUAUGGCACACUACAGACAACCAAAGUGGCAGAAUGGAAGGCCACAUGACUCAUUGCCGCCUCUCCUUCCCUCUGGUCAAGCUUCAUCUGCACCUGCUGCAGAAGUGCCUGCAGGAGCCGCAUAUCACCAUCCUCCGCAUCAACACCAAUUUCUUUCCAUUCCUCUGUCGAUGACGACCCCAUCAUCAAACAGACAACAACAAUUAGACAAUGCAGGAUUCAGACCAGAAGGUCCAAUUCCGAUGCAGCUUCUCUGCAAUGUCCAGCACAUGUAAGCUCUCUGAAAGGUGGUGCAGAUGAACAUUUGGUUCAUUGUUCAUUCUUUAAUUCCUGACUGUGCCAUAUUCCUAAAGAUAACCUGCUGAACUCUCAAACCGAACUUAUCAGAAGGUAACAAUGAUAACACCGAUAUCACCGGGAUCCACUGGCCUUACAAAGCUCAGGUUGGUAACUGCAAUACAGUCGCCUGAUACCAGUCGUUAUGCUGAUGAUGAACUGCAGUUCAGCAUACAGGCAACUGGGUCAUGGUGUUGAACUUGAAGCAGCAAAAUAGGAGAUCUUCAGUGGGUGCUUACUGUUUGCAUAUACAGAUGAUGAUUAUAGUGAUGAUCUGUGGCGUGUCCUCAUCAAGGCAAAGAAGAAUAGAUUUAUAGAACUUCAGAGAAUUUGGAUAUAUUCAAUUUAAAGUAUGAUGAGCUGUCAUAGAUUAAGGGCUUUUCUUUCUAAGUGCUUGCAUCUUUUUGUGAAUUGUGUCUUUGAAAAUGCCUGCGUUCUUUCAGCUAAUUCUGAAUUAUAUACAGUAUUCAAUCUUGUUCAGAAAUUUUGGAAGGAAAUAACUAUUUUGGUUCUCACAAAAUGACCUGAUGGA